GUGUGUACAGGGAGCGGACCGGAGCCUGUGUGUGUGUGUGUGUGUGAUGACUGCAGCGCGUCCUGAUUCACUCACAGCCGGGGGAAAGAAAGGAAAAAUGUUUUGUUACAAGUCGUCUCCAGCUCCCUUUGUCCAGUUUCACACACCUCUCGACCUGACCACAAACUCGUCAAGAGAUGGCGCUGCUUCAGAAAGGCUUCAGAUACCUGGAGAAAUCAAAUCUGAGAACAUCUCCCAGAAAGGAAGGAUGUUCUGUUACAAGUCAUCUCCUGCUCCUUUCGUUCAGUUUCACACACCUCUAGACCUGUCCACAGACUCAGCAGAAGAUGGCACUGCAUCAGAAAGACUUGAGAUACCUGUAGAAAUCAAAUCUGAGAAUGUGUCCCCAGUAAGUUGCAGUAGUCCCCCUGCUACUUUCCUCACAAAGGCCUCACCAAAAGUGGUGUGGAAAAAAAUUCACCAGUGCUCAGAGUGUGGAAAGAGUUUUGCUAGACUGGGUGACCUCCAGAAACACCACAGAAUUCACACUGGAGAGAAACCCUACCAGUGCUCGCAGUGCGGAAAGUGUUUCACCCAAGAGAGUAAUCUCCAGCAACACCAGCGUGUUCACACUGGGGAAAAACCGUACCACUGUACAUGGUGUGGAAAGAGCUUUACACAUCAGCAGAACUUCCAAACACACCAGCGUAUCCAUACUGGAGAGAAACCGUAUCAGUGCUCGGAGUGUGGAAAGUGUUUCACUCGUAAGAACGCGGUACAGCGACACCAGCGUGUUCACACGGGAGAGAAACCCUUUCACUGUACGGAGUGUGGAAUGAAUUUUAGUGAGAGCUGUAUUCUAAAAGAACACCAGCGUCUUCACACGGGAGAUAAUCUGUUUCACUGCUCCGAGUGCGGGAAGAGUUUCCAUCAGAAGAAAACGCUGCAAGGACACCAGCGCAUCCACACGGGGGAGAAGCCGUACUACUGUACCGAGUGCGGAAAGAGCUUCAGUCGGAUGAAUACGCUACAGCAACACCACCGCAUUCACACCGGAGAGAGGCCGUUUCAGUGUUCGGUGUGUGGACAGACGUUCGCUCAACAAAGUACCCUCCACCGACACCGGCACAUUCACACCGGAGAGAAACCGUAUCACUGUUUACUGUGUGGGAAGAGCUUCAAUCGCAAGAAUACGCUCCAACUCCACCAGCGGCUUCACACAGGGGACAAGUCCGGCGGCGGAGACGAUCUACAUGGGAACCUUCCGGUGAACCCUGACAACCCGUAGCUUCUCUGAAGGCAGGGGGUUUGUAGCGUAACUGUCAAGUCACAUCGUUCACAGUUUUGUUUUGCCUUUAUUGUGGUCUCACAGCCUCGAAUGCACACACUUACAGCAUCAAACGUUUGGAUUCAAAAACAUGUUGUGUUCCACAAUGCUAAUGCUAAUGAUCAACCAGCAGCGAGGUGGCCCGGAUAUGUGGGAAAAAAGGGUAGGUUUGACUACACAGAGCGGACAUAACCCGGGCAAGCUGUACCGCUUGUAGGUGUUGUCUAAAGAUUUGUUGUUAACUGUCUCUCUCUGUCAUUUCAACCACAUACAGUACACGUGAAACCAAACCGCCCAUCCCCCAGGACCAUGGUGCUACAUAAAAGAUCAAACAUCUACAAGAGACUACACAUACUUAUUGGUUUAUUUUUACUACAACACAGGGUUGCAUAAAUUACUGGCCUGUAAUAUAAUCACAGUGAAGGUAACCAGAGGAUGUUGUUCAUGAUCUCAGACCAUCCUGAUGGUUAAUACGCACGGCCUGCGGCCGCCAUCUCAGAAAGGACAAAUUGCUGGGCUGGAACAGGUGUAAAGACAACAACUAAGGAGGUUUAAAAUUGGGUUAAGAGGCCUUUAACACAUUCACUUCCUGUAAGGAACCUGAAGCUGAACCGUCAACUCUGUGUAGAAACACAAUCAGUGACAUUUGAUGAGUGGAGAUCAUUUAAACGCUUAGUGCUAAAACAUCAACAUUAGAAACCAGAGCUGUGUUUAAUAGUGAAAGUAAGAGCAUUUCCACACACACACACACACACACACACACACACAGUGUAAUGAAAACUCACAGGAUUGGAACUAAACAUCUGUGUGUCCAUAAGUAUAAUGUGUACUGUACAAGCCUCUGGAGACAGUGUUAUGAUCUGUGGUUGAUCAGUUACUCAGGUCUAGACUCAAUGAAGUCAGCUGACCACCUGAAUGUACUGAAUCACCAGGUUAUCACAUCUAUGGAGGGUUUCUUCCCUGAUGGUACACGUCAUAUUCCAGGGCCCGUAUUCACAAAGCUUUUUAAGCCUAAAAGUUGGUCCUAGUGACAAAAUUCUAAGAACAUUCUUAGAAUUAUGACAUUUUCUUAGGAUUUCCCCUUAAAUUUAGGAUUAAAUCUAAGUAAAGAUAACAAUGAUUCACGAAACAUCUUAGCCCUAAAAACAGCUCCUAAGAUAAAAAUGGUUAAGAGUAGAGAGGAGGACUUUUAGGAGGCUUAAGAGUUUUUGUAGCAGAGGACAAAAUGGUGGAAAGAAGAAAUAUUCUCCAAACACUGAACGUAAAGCUAAAAGUAAACACUGGUCUUCUGUCCAAUUUGGUUCUCUUGUUCUUGUACUCCCUUCCAUCUCUCUUGGAUUGUUGACUACAUAACAUCCAAAAGUGCAACUUAAAUAAACCAUCCUGCAAUUAUGCAAAUUAGAAAAAGGUUAGCCUAUCUAAAAUGGAUUACAAGAAAUAAAAUCAGUUUGGUAAAUAAAUGUAAGAACCUAAAUAUUGUAACUACUUAAUGGAAAUUGGUGGCUUCAAAAGUAGACACAUUUUCAACAUUUGGCUGUUUAAUUAACUUUAAGAUAUUUAUAUCAAGAUAUACAUUUUCUUUAUAUACAAACAUGAUUAUUUCACUGUCUAUUCUCAUAUAUUCUGUUUUCACAAAGAGCGCAUUUCAAGGCCUUUACAGAGGUCAGAGGUUAUUUGUAUUAAACAACCACAUUUCUUGAAUUGCUGUAUCAUCCCUGGGAACGGGGUCAACCACACCCCCUCACUGAGGUAAAGGUUUUUCUACUUUCCAUACUCAGGGUUGCUCUGAGAAGUUUCCUAAAUCACUUUUAGUCUAGGACUCCCAGCUAGGACUUUUUAAGCUAAGAUAAGAGAAUUCUACGAAGCUUUGUGAAUACAGGCCCAGGACUCAGAAUGUGAGGAAUCAUUUUCACACACAAACUAGACAGCAAAAUGUGUGUGUGUGAGUGUGUGUGUAAUCAAGGGUUAAGAUGACUGAAUGAAAUCUUCCAAUGUGUGACUGUUUUUUGGCCAGGCGGUGUAUCUGAGCAUCACAACAUUAUUUAUAUAAAUAAAAUUAAAAAAGGGUUUGAGGGAAACAUUAUCAUACAUUUCAUUCAUACUGUUGGUGGAGCAUGGAGGUGGAUCUGUUCUGCUUUGGGUUUAAUGUUGCAGCCAAUGACACACACACUGCACAGAGGGAAUGGAUUCCAGUAAAUAUCAUCUAAUUUUGGAAGUAAAUGUAACCCAGUCGGUCAGAAAGUUUCCCCAAAGUCCACCAGCAGACAUAGCAGAAGUGCUUCAGGAAAUGCAGUCUGAAGCUUGUGGACCGGCCGUCACUUCAUCACCCUGACCUGAGCAUCCUUAAAAAUGAACCUGCUGUGUGUAAGGGACAGAUCACCAAGACCUGUCCGUUUGGGGAGAGGGCGGGUACAUCCACUGGCUAUUAAAAACAAUUGGAAGCUGAUUUUAUUACCAUUGGGGCUGUUAAUAAAUUCUGAAUUAGUAGUAUUCAUUCACAGGAUUCUUAAUUUUAUAACAUAUAAAGUAACUGUCCAUUAGUAUUUGCAGAAAAAAAUGUUUUUAAUAGUUUGUUAAAGAUGAUUUUAUUUCUUUUCUUCUUUUUCCCAAAAUCAACAAUGUAUUUAAUUUAAGCAGGGGUGCUCAAACUUUUGCAUACAACUGUAUAUUUUACGGUUUUACAAGAAGUGUAGAAACCUUGAGUUUGUUAAAUAAAAAUAAAAUACUGUUUUUAAUGGUUAAUUUUUUUAAAUGUUUUUAUCUGUAAUAUACCUGUUCUCUGUGCUGUCUGUACUUUCAGUGUCUUGACUUUAAUGUUGAUUUCAUAAAUAAAACUUUACUAUAUUUUUUAUUAA